GUCGAAGAAUCAACACCUUUGAAGUAUGUCACUCCGAAUCAUCUUGUAUCGGCGGUGUUUGUGUCCUAUUUCAUUGGUAGCGAAAGGAAGAGAACCCCGAUAAACGUUCACGUCUCUUCUACAGAGCCGUCGACGAGCCAAGGUGCCACGGAACGCCAAGCCUCAACUCUACACGAUGCUGCAACAGGCGUGGUAGCUGGUGCAACCACAGAGAAAAUAUCGCAAGGGCUCAACGACACUACGUUGUGUAAAUCUCGUGACCUCGCCUCUCCCAUCGCAGAACUGGUAUCUUCAAGAGGCUUUCCCUAGGUCGGAGGGGUGCACUUUGUAUCAAGUUUAAUGUUACCGCGUGGCAGUGUUUGAUUGUAUUACAUGUCGUAAAGCCAAGGCAUGCUGUUUUCGAUACAUACAGCAUUUUAUUCCACAACCACCACUAUCUCUUCAGGAUACACGAACGGCGAGUCGAUGGCGAGGAUCCUUACCUUGGUCAAGAACGCAGCGAAAAGGCCCAUUCCCUUUGUCAAGAAGAAGGGCGUUGAGACUCUCACAGUGCCUCUGGAAUGUCUAAAGGCGACUGCUGGUUUAAUCCCGGUACCGGCCCUUGGACCAGCAACGGAUAUUGUCCUUUCGAUCUUGAAAAAGGUGGAUGAGAGCCAGCAGAAUACGGGAACUGCCCGUGAAAUUGCAAAUCUGUGCUUGAAGGCACAUGUCACAUUAUCUGAGCAUCUGCAGAACGUAGAAAUCACGCCUACAUUAUUGGCUAGCAUUCAACAAUUUGAAGCGGAUUUGCAUGACGUCGAAAACACUGUGGAAGAGUACGAACAGAAGAUGUCGAUUGAACGAACGCUCUAUUCUAAAUCAUAUAGCGAUGAAUUGCAACGCCUCGAAAAACGGGUCAACAGAACUCUGUCGCUUUUCCAAAUAAAGAAGUUACUUUCGCUUGAAGAAACCUGCGCAAAGAUGUCCACGUCUUUACAGCACAUCAUUGAACUAUUGCUUAUUAACCGCUCCGAACCUGCUCCGAAGCCCGAAGAACCACUAGUAGAUAUCGUGCGGAGAAGUCAGCUCACUCUCUGUGAAGAGCUCUUUCGUUGUCCAGGGUUUAGCGUUCAAAGAGCAGAAAUGCAUGGAAAGAUCGUUACCAUCAAAGUGUUCACAGGCUGCAAAGCGAAAUCGACCUGGGAAGUGCCAAAUACGUUGGACUUGAAAGUUAUGCAUCCCAACCUACCUCACCUUAUCGGAGUUUCAACUUCUGAUGAGCGGGGGGCCUUGUUCUCGGUGUAUGAUCUUGAUAUCAAGAGCCGGCUUGUAGAUGUCAUCCCGUCAUGGUUGACGAUCGAUUUCGAUACUCUCAGUUCUUUGAUCGACAAAAUGGUUAACGAUGUAGACAGUGCAUGGGAUCAUUUGCAGGACCAAAAUUGUUUGUUUGUUCCGUCUGACGGAAUUGUAUACUUUGAUAUUCUUUGUGAUGCCCGCGGCCGAUUCGUCGUCUCACUCCCUCCGGGAGCGGCUAGCUCCUUAACUGCCUUGGUCUCUCCUGUGGACUGUGCCGAAUUUGAGUUUGUGAUGGACGACACCCGUCAUAACGCUGAGGUCCUUAGAGUAAAUCACACCAGUUUGUCUAUGCUUGAAUUUUUCACUGACCGACCACUGAGACGAUAAGCACGUGUAUAAAUACACGCAAUCCGUUCUGUAUCCGUUCUAUAUGCGACCGGGGUUAAACCUGCGGGAGCUUGUUUAGCAGACAGCCAGCGGUUAUCACACGGACGUACGUAAGACCUCACAGAAAUAUGGCAUUCAUACCGACUUACCUUGGAAUGCAGUGAUUCAGGACUUGUUUUCGGAU